AUUAGCCUGUAGGGUGUCUGAUCCUGCAGCUUCCAAAUUGGUUUCAGGAAAUCAUUUGUUUUAAAAUGAGAUCCAUCUGACCCUGGAUUAGAUGCCGUGGAGUGGACUCUUUGGUUUAAUUUUUGGCAAGGCCUUAAUGUGAUGUAGCCAUGGCUCCAAAAAAGAAAGUAGAUGAUGGACCAAAACAGCAUCCCAUUAUUGGACGAUUUGGGACUUCUCUGAAGAUUGGUAUAGUUGGACUACCCAAUGUGGGGAAAUCAACCUUCUUUAAUGUGUUGACUAAAAGCCAAGCUGCUGCUGAGAACUUUCCAUUUUGCACUAUUAAUCCAAAUGAGAGCCGGGUGCCCAUCCCAGAUGACAGAUUCGACUUCCUGUGUCAACAUCACAAGCCAGUGAGCAAAGUUCCAGCCUUUCUGAAUGUGGUGGACAUAGCUGGUCUUGUCAAAGGGGCCAGUAUGGGGCAAGGCUUGGGGAAUGCGUUUCUGUCCCACAUCAGUGCCUGUGACGGGAUCUUUCAUCUAACACGUGCCUUUGAGGACGAUGACAUCAUCCAUGUUGAAGGGAGUGUCAAUCCAGUGCGUGACAUUGAGAUCAUACAUGAGGAACUACGUCUGAAAGAUGAAGAAAUGAUCCUUGCUGCCAUGGACAAACUUGAAAAAGUAGCUGUAAGAGGAGGAGACAAAAAAUUAAAACCAGAAUAUGACAUAAUGUGCAAAGUCAAAUCCUGGGUAAUAGAUGAAAAGAAUCAUGUCCGAUAUUACCAUGACUGGAAUGACAAGGAGAUUGACGUGCUAAAUAAAUACUUAUUCCUGACCUCCAAGCCAAUGACCUUUCUAGUCAACCUCUCUGAAAAAGACUACAUCCGCAAGAAAAACAAGUGGUUGAUAAAAAUUAAGGAGUGGGUGGACAAGCAUGACCCGGGCGCUUUGGUCAUCCCUUUUAGCGGGGCCUUGGAACUGAAGCUGCAAGACAUGAGUGAUGAGGAGAAGCAGAAGUAUCUGGAAGAGACUGUGACACAAAGCGUCUUGACCAAGAUUAUUAAAACUGGAUAUGCUACACUGCAGCUUGAAUACUUCUUCACCGCAGGCCCCGAUGAAGUGAGAGCAUGGACCAUCAAGAAAGGGACAAAGGCUCCUCAGGCUGCAGGGAAGAUUCACACAGAUUUUGAGAAGGGAUUCAUUAUGGCGGAGGUAAUGAAAUUUGACGAUUUCAAAGAAGAAGGCUCGGAAGGAGCUGCCAAGGCUGCAGGAAAAUACAGACAACAAGGGAGAAAUUACACGGUAGAAGAUGGAGACAUUAUUUUCUUUAAAUUCAAUACACCUCAACAACCCAAAAAGAAAUAAUUUUAAAUGCCAAAACAAAGGCUGCUUUUUUUAUUUGUACUUAGAAUACUUCUGUUAUUAAAUACUAAACUGGGAUCCAUUUUCCCAUUCGUCCUCCCCACCAAAUAAAUGCUGUUUGUUUUGAAGCGAUACGUGUCACCUCACUGUGAAAAUACAAGUUCAGUAAAUGUGCUUUCCAAAUGAUUAAGAUCCUACUUGAAAUCAUAGAUGCUUUUCAGGACUCGCUCUAGUCUCAUGAUACUUCAUUAAUCUCCAUCAUGUAUGCCAAGCCUGACACAUCUGACAGUGAGGACAAUGUGGCUGGCUCUUUUUUUGAAUCUACAGAUAAUGCAUGUUUUACAGUACUCCAGAUGUCUACACUCAAUAAAACAUUUGACAAAAACCA